AUGGAAAGCUCAAGCAGUGAGGAACAGGCCCUCAUUUCAGCUCUUGAGGUAUUGUUGUCUGCUUCUUCAGAGAGGUUACUUCAACUGCGAGCUCGUGUACAGAAGACAAUUGGUCAAAUUUCUAGACAACUGGCUUCUGUUCAAAGUCCAUCCUCUGUUGCUUUUCUGGACAGCCUUUUGGAAUGUUCUCACAAUAUUACUACAUAUCUUGACAAACCAGCAUCAGAACAGAUGAGACAGACAUGGACCAUCGAAGACCCUCGGAUUACUGAUAUGAGAAAAGGAAAGAGGGCCACAUCACAGGAAAAGUAUCUUCAUUUCUUCGCCGAACGAUCGUUGGCGCUGGAGAAAGAAGCCUGGGAGAGACAUGAAACUGGUUCAGCACAAGUGGACAAUUUGAUGCGCGAUCUUAAUUCUGCAUCCGAAGAUCACAAUGGGACAAUUAAACAAUUUUUACACUAUAAGGGGUUUAAGGACACUAAAUUUAUAUAUGAGGGUGUAAAGCGAGGGGAGAAGAUUGUCGUGAAUGAGAGAUUAUAUCCAACUCGCCGUGGAUUGACGACUGUGGCUGCUUUCCAACCAGCCUUGUUUAGAAGGAUUUCAUAUGAGAUAGAACAAAUGAACAAGAUCAUUGAGUUAUUGCGGAAUGGGCCUCAAAAUGGGCUUUCUUCCCACACUCUAAUCGAAACUAUGCCUCUCAUCGGCAGUGGAUUACCAUCAGAAAAUGGAACCCAGGAACCAUCAGGAAUUAAUGCAACAGAAGAACUGUCUGAAGAUAAUAUCCAGGGUGCAGAUUCAAUAUCUAUCGGCUCAGAAUCACCAAAUUCUUCUGCAGGGUCGAAUAAUAAUGGUCAAGCAACAGUGUCUGAAGCUGUAGCUUAUCCCGCUGUGAUGGGUGGUCUACCGAUGCUGGCAACAGUAGCUUCAACAUUUGGAAAUUCUGAUGAGGACAUUCAAACUGGAAUUGACCUUGCACAGGUGGGAAAUAGUGGAAAUACAGAUCUCAAUCAGCAAACUGCACCACCUGUGCAAGAUGAUCUCUGCAUUUCGGAUCCGCAUAUGGUCCCUACCACCCCUUUUUUCGAUGUAGCCACAAACUCGCAUAUGGUCCCUACCACCCCUUUUUUCAAUGUAGCCACAAACUCGCAUAUGGUCCCUACCGCUCCUUUCUUUGAUACAGUGUACGACACUGGAACUUCACAUCCAGACAUGGCUUCAAAUUUACACGUGAUUCACGCGUCUAAUGAGACUUCUCAUUUCUAG